AUGGCGGCGGGGUGGGCGGGCAGCGUGCUGCUCUACGCCGGGCUCACCGCGGCCGGGGACGCGGCGCAGCGGCGGGGCCGCGGGCAGCCCCCGGACUGGGCGCAGACGCGGCGGGUGGCGCUGCUGGCCCUCACCUUCCACGGCAACCUCAACUACGUGUGGCUGCGGGCGCUGGAGAGGGCGCUGCCCGGCCGCCGCCCGGCCGCCGUGCUCGGCAAGGUGCUGUGCGACCAGCUGCUCGCCGCCCCGGUCGCCGUUGGUGCCUUCUACACGGGUAUGAGCAUCCUUCAGAGGAAAGAGGACAUCUUUUCAGACUGUAAAAAGAAAUUUUGGAAUACCUAUAAGACAGGACUGAUGUACUGGCCUUUUGUGCAGCUGUCAAACUUCGUUUUUGUCCCCGUUUACCUGCGCACAGCUUACACUGGGCUUUGUGGCUUUGUCUGGGCUGCCUUCAUUUGUUUUUCCCAAGAGAGUGGAGAUGGCACAGUAAAGUCAGCAUUUAUGUGGCUCCAAAGAGAGAAGGUCAAUGCAGAUGAAGAACCAUCACAGAAAUAAGAACUUCAGUUCUGAACCCAUUCUAAAUCUGAAGUGAGCUUAUGAAAGUCAGUAAACUGCGCUGCAGUUUCAUUGCUGUGUUUAGAAUAAUCAUCUCAACAUUUUUUGGUUAGUAUAAGCAGUGGAACAGUUUGUCUUUUUGCCUGUUUAUUUUUUAUAAAAUAGGCCAAUUGUUUAUUGGCACUGAAUUAUUUUCAUGCUGCGAGCCCAUCUCUUCUGGGAACAACUGACUUACAGGGCAGCAUAAGCAUUUGCACAUCAUGUCAGACUGUCUCACUGGGGAGAAAUAUUAACUGUAAUUUAAUUUUCAAGCAACUUGUAGUCCCUAGAAAAAGGGGAAUAGAACAUUAAAUCCUCAACUGUUGUAUUUGACAAUUGUUAUCAGUGCAAGAUUGCUUUUGCAGAACAAAAUUUAAUAGAUUUCUUAUCUAAACAGUGGCAACAACUCUAUUUUAUUCAGAGAAAAAAAAGACUCUAUUUGUAGAAAUAUAUUCGUGUUCCUUUUGUCUUAACUGGGAGAACAAUUGAGUUUGGACAACACUCUCAGCCACAUGGUCUGAUUUUUGGGUGGCACGGUGCAGACUCAGAAGUUGGACUCAGUGAUCCUUGUGGGUCCCUUCAACUCAGGAUAUUCUAUGAUUCUAUGAUUCUGUUCAUAGGAGACACUGUCAUAUAGUAACUAUACAUAGGAAACUAGGAAAUGGUGAAAAUCAGUUAUAGACUUAUUUUGUCAACUGAGGACCAGGUCUGGAUGCAGGUAGGGAUAAUAAGGGAGUCCUUAGUUUAUUAAAACGACAUUUUACGCCUUAAAAUUUAAGCUUGAAACAGUAUCUGAUUAAACCUAUCUUGAUGAUGAUUGUAAGGACAAGACUUAACCCUCUUUGUUGUGAUGAUAAUAACCACUUUGAGGAAUGUCUAAGUUCCUCAGUCUUACCUAAACAGUAAACCAAUGCCUGCUUAGGCUAUAAAUGUACACUCCUUUAGCCAGCAGCUGUACUACUUAAUAUAUUGGUUACAAUGGUUUGUCACUGCAGGAGCCCAGUGCUACUUAGGGCAGACAGGGAAAGGGAUCACGCAAGCACUGCCCAAUCUAUUCCAGGUAAAAUCAAGUUUAGCAGAACCCAUUAGUCAAGAGUGGUGCAAAGUACCUGUGUGGCCUUGACUACAGAACUACAGUGUAUUGGAGGAGGUGUGGGGGGGGGGCUUUUUCUACAGUCCGUUUUGGUGACAGACAGGUGAAAGAGGUAGCUUCCUUCUCGGCAGAGAAGUCAGUGCAAUUCCAUCAUCACCUGGCACAGGCAGACCUGGAAGAGGGAACCUGCACCUGCCUUAAAUAAUUCAUUUUAAUUGACUUUAGACAUCUGUAGUGUGGACAUCUGCAACUUGGCUAAAUACUUUAAGCUCUACUUAUAGUCAGUGGGGGAAAAACAGGUAGUUUUGGAUAUCUGUUUUAGGGUACGAUGAAUUAUGCACCGUGUCUGUUUCUUGCCAUCGCUAACAGUCCAAGGUGACUGGCUCCUAUGUAGAUAAUUUCAUUGUACAUGUUUGUAUGUGGUGGAAUGAAUUCCUCUUCUUAAUGUCUGUCUUACAUGUUUGUAUGGGAGUAGUUCAGUGGGUGUUGUUGCACAGAUCUCACAGUGUAUAUUGGGCAGUCCUGAAGUAGGACAUCCCAGUAGCAAUAGAAAUUCACAGAACUAACUGCAUUUUAUCUGUCUACUUAAAAAAGGAAAUAUGAAUGAAUAGGUAUUUCAGGCUGCUACAGCUGUUAAAUUGUUAUUGUGUGUAUAUAUCUGAAGUCCUUGAGAUAAAGAAGCAAUUCCAGUAGUGUUUUGCUGUUAAUAUAUUUUUAGGAACAGAAGAGUAUUUUAGUCUGUUCUGUCAAUGAGACUUAAAAUUUUCAGAUGAUGUAUGAUAAUUGAGUAUUUGACUUUAUUUUUACAGGUACUUUUUAUUUUUGCUUGUGCCUUAAGUGUUAAGGAUUAAUAGAAUUCAUUUGGAGAAUGGAACUGGAAAAUAAUGACAUUACAAGGAGAGAGAAGUAGGGAUAUGGUGGUGGUCUGCUGCAUGCUGUAGCAGUAUGCCAUAUUAAGCUGCAACUCUGUGGUGCACAGAAUUAUUUCUGCAUGGGUAUAGUUAGUAAAGCUUAAUCCCUAAGUGAACCAAGAAUUUAAAACUCUUCUCAUGAUCUUUGUAAUGCUGAUGCUUUUGUUUAGCAAGAGCAUUUAAUGAAUGGGAACAUCCAUCUUUUAUUUUAAAUGGCUUCAAAGCUUACAUAAGCUGUGCUUUAUUGCUCUAGGCUUUUGUGAUGCCAGUUUUUUCUUGGGAAUUUGAGCUAAAUCCUCUUUGUCUUCAAAUUUAUCUGACUGUGGGCUUCAGGGUUUUCUUCCAUAUUUUUGUUAUGUGAAGCAUGGUUCUUUCAUGUAAUAAGAGCCUGCAGCUCUUAUAUUUUAGUAAACUUAAGAUUGUGCAUAUUUCUCUUUCACUUUCUCUGUUUUUCUUGAUAAACUACUUGAUGGUUAAGUAACCCAAAUCUCAUUUCACAUAUAUUUUUAUAUUUUUGUAAAUACCAGCACUGAUUGUACUAAUAAACAUUCCAGACCCACAUAAUACAAUAAAAUGAAGUGGGGCGUGGGGGGGGACACAAUUUCUCAGUGUGCAUAAAUUGAUGCACCUCCUAAAGAUUUCCCACCUCUGUCAAUUCAGUCUGUUGGAGGACCUACCCCAUUAGUUAUUAAAGACUUUAUUAUUUCUUGAUAAAAUUUUGACUUAGAAUAUUAAUUUCACAGAAUGGUUGAAGUUAGAAGGGACUUCUGGAGGUCCAGACCAGGUCAUCUAGUGCAACUCCAUUUGAUACGUACAUUACUGAAUUACUAGGAGAAUCAAACACAAGUUAUUUCUUUAAAAAAAUAAAUAAAAUGAGCUGUGUGAGAGUUGUCCUCUUUUUGUUCCACCACCCUUUCAAAAACUGUCAUAAGAGAGUUAGGUUUUAUGACUAUUUGAAGGGAUUAUACUGCUCUUAAUGCCAGCUGAACACGCAGAUUUCAGUAACCAGAAAGAUAGGAAUAGAAUUAGACAUCACAUAGGUGCUCAGGAAAGAGGGAACAUGCUGCCAACAGCUACUAGCCAUGCAUUCAGAUGACAUUUCCAUUUCAUGGAUUCUCUCUAAGAGCAAAUGUGUUAAGAAGACAUAUUUAGAUCAGGUGCAGUUCUAGCUUCAUGUUAUUCUGGAUAGCUGUGGAGACUUAAAAUCUGAAUUUGACAAAAUCAAAAUUUGAAAAUGUAUUUUUCUGUUGCAAAUCUUUCAUGCAAAUGAACCUCCUGUGCUUACUGGUAUGUGAAAUUCUCCAGAAGGCUUCUGUCUUCUUCACACCAGAAACAACCAUCCGGUAACACAGCAUAAAAUAACCAGUUUUAUACUUUAGUGAAGGUGAAAUGGCCUGUAGUUUGGUACCGUAUCUGAUACGUAACUUCUCUGUAUAGCACAAACUCUGAAAUCUAUACAGCUUUUGCCGUCUGGUUCUCUGCUGUGAUGCUAGUGCUUUCUGCUACUACUAGUGCCAGUCCACUGAGAUAUGCAAGAAAUACUUGAAUCUGUCUAAAAUAAUGAAUUUCAAGUUGACUGAAAAAUGUCUGUGUUUUUGAAAAGGUUUAAUAAACUUCGAAUGUUGUUCUCUG